AUUCCAGGCAUAAAGGCCAGACAAGGUGGCCCUGGGACUCUUUGUCCUUUGUCCACAGUGCUGUGAGGAGUGCUGGAUUACCUGAGAGGGACCAUCAUAGACAACUACACAGUUUGAGAAAGGAAGUCAGAACUCAGAACAGCCAUGGAUGAUGUAUAUAAAGCAGCGGUCGAGAAUUUAACAGAGGAACAAAAAAAUGAGUUCCGUGCUGCCUUUGACAUCUUCGUGCAGGACGCUGAGGAUGGCUGCAUUAGCACUAAGGAGUUGGGGAAGGUGAUGAGGAUGCUGGGACAGAACCCCACACAAGAAGAGCUGCAGGAGAUGGUGGACGAAGUGGAUGAGGAUGGUAGCGGGACAGUGGACUUUGACGAGUUCUUGGUCAUGAUGGUGCGCUGCAUGAAAGAGGAGAGUAAAGGAAAAUCCGAGGAGGAACUGGCCGAGGUCUUCCGCAUGUUUGACAAAAACGGAGACGGGUACAUCGACCUGGACGAACUGAAGAACAUGCUAGAGUCGACAGGCGAGGCCAUUACAGAGGACGACAUCGAGGAACUCAUGAAAGAUGGAGACAAAAACAAUGAUGGAAAAAUUGACUAUGACGAGUUUUUGGAAUUCAUGAAGGGUGUGGAGUAAAAAUCGUGCCUGAUGAAGACCCCCAUGCAGAUUCAACAGCCCCCAGCAUCACCUCAUCAUUCCCUGUCCUGCAGCUGGGACAUCACCACAGGGUCACCUGUAAUCUGGCGAACAUGCAACAAACUCUCGAAUAUGCUGAAAAAAU